AUGAAAAUCAAGAAGCAGGCUACAUUGCGGCAUGAGUCUACUCUGUCGUCAAUGAUAGCCGACUUUGUCAAGGCGACCGAAUCGAUCCCGCUCUACCAGCUGCCCGCCCACCUAGCCUCGUUUCCAAAGCACUGGCCCUUUCCCCGCGGUGACGCAUACCACUGGAUACCUGUGCUAAACCGCUUCGACCGUAUCCUUGAACUGUUCAAUCAGGAAUAUGGACUAGUAGACGGACCACAAACACAAGCUUUCCAGCGCCGAUUACUACUGAAAGGUGACACAGACGAGGGGAGCACGAGCUCAGAGCAAACCACCACAGAUGCCGUCUUGGAUACCCUACACCUGCUGCAGGAUGGUGACCGGGAACUGAUCGAGUUGAUCCUGGGCUUCACUCGAAUGCUCUUGGAGAACUGCGGCAACCGGAGCCUGUACUCGAGCAGCGAGCGCCUAGACAAGCUACUCAAUACCACUUCCACCUCGCUGCUGAAGGCGACGCUUCGCCUGGGCCAUCGUCUCGCUCAGCGCUACCAAGCUGCGCGCACGCGCCUCGCUCCGGCCACCCUGCAUCCAUCUUUACUCUCCAGCCACUACAACAUCAACCUCGACAGGAUCCAGAAGCUGUCUGCUCCUUUCUCCAAAGGCCCCACAACAGCAGCGCCUUUGUUCGGCACACCAUCUGGAAAAGGUAAGGACAAGGCGUUUGGAGAUCGACAGAGCAGCACGGAUAGGCUCAGCCCCUCCGACCUGGUCGGCAUGUACUCUCUGUCGGAAUCUUUACUAAAGCAGGAGUUUGGUGGAGUGCUUAUCUCGUACUAUGAGCCGACACCUACCUCCGAAGACGGCAACAGCAAGCCGGCAUCCGCAGACGCGCCUAGCACUCCAACCCCAAUACGAAGAACAUCCAGCAUGGGGCCAAAUCGAACACCACGACAAGCGCAGCCUGCACCUGCCACUGACUCGCCAAGCACCCCCGUCUUCACACCCGGACAGCCUAGCAGUGGAGCGGCUGGCCCCAAGACUUUCGAUCUGUCAGCAGACAAGGUGACCAACAGCGACAUUCAUGAGCUUCUCAAGCAGGGACUCGCGAACCUACCCGAAAGUGCGCACUACGAGUUUCUGCAUAAGCUUCGGAUUGCGAAAAUGUUCACUCGAGGAAACGUAGGGCGUGAUGAUGCAGUUGCUAUCCGUCUCCUAGCCAUUGCUAAUUUGGGCUACGUCCACGGCGAAAAGGAGUUCCAUGCAAGAUUGGGCCAGCAAGACGCGGACGAGCCACGUCGUCUUCAACUCGCCUAUCAGUUGUCUGAGUUGGUGCACCCGCCCGGUAGCCGCGAGAGUGGCAUAUCCAUAGAGCUCCAAACGUUUACCCUGAACGCCCUCGAAGCUCUUGCAAAGCACAAGUCCAAGUCUCCUGACAUUUGUACGGCUCUGAGCGUUAAUGUCAACCAUGGCGUGCUGUUCUACGUUGUUCGCAAGCUCGUAGCCGGACUUGGUGUGGAAGGCGGCGACCCAGACGAUGUCGUCGAGGACGAGUGGCGUGAUGCUCUCUUCUCCCUGUUAAAUACUCUGCCGACAUCGCAAGCUCGGACUGGUGAAGGCAUGGUAGCCGCCGGGCUUCUCGAGAUCCUUGUAGAAGUCCUCAAACUUCGCACAGAGAGGGCAGAACGAAAUCAUCCCAAAAUCCUCAACUUUCUCGACACUUUUGUAUACAACUUACGAGAUGCUUUCUCAGCCCUUGUUAGUGCCAAAGGCCUUGAGAUCAUCGCUGAUCUCAUGGCAUAUGAGGUCGACGUUUCGAAGAAGCUCGCCGAAGAGGACAAAGGCAUGCCCAAAGAGUACAAGACUCAGCUCACGGAUUACCAAAUUCCCUUCUACCAUCAACAGAGCCUUCGAUGGCUGUUCAAAUUCCUGAAUCAUAUGAUGUCGCAUACGGGUGGUAAUUUCGACCGUCUGAUGCGGAACCUGAUCGACUCGCCACAGUUGCUGAGUGGUCUUCAUACCGUUCUGUCUAAUGCAAAGAUCUAUGGCUCAACAGUCUGGAGCAUGGCUGUCACGAUCCUUACGAGCUUCAUCCACAAUGAACCAACGAGCUAUCUGGUCAUUGCCGAAGCUGGCCUCAGCGAGGCCUUUUUGGAGACGGUAGCUGGAGAGCCAGCCUCGGAGUCAACAGCGGUAGCUAUCGACCAGGAGAAUUCUACGACACCGGCAUCCCAAACCUAUCCACCGCGAAAGGCUGGAAAGCCUCUCGCCGAAGGAAUUCUUCCAGUGGCUGAGGCUAUCUCAACUUUGCCUCCCGCCUUCGGCGCAAUUUGCUUAGCUGAGGCUGGUAUGAAGCUUUUUCAGUCUUCGAUUGCUCUCAAACGCUUCUUCGAAAUAUUCGAGAGCCCUGCCCACAUCAAAGCCCUCGACGCUGAUACAGAGAUGCCUGGAUUGAUCGGUAACUCUUUUGAUGAGUUAGUUCGCCAUCAUCCCCCUUUGAAGGCGCGUGUUCUCUCGUGCCUCAGCGAGCUGAUAGCACGUGUUGUUCAACUCUGUGUGGACAAGGCUGAGAAGGAGGGUGUGGGCACUAAGCUCUGGACAGAAGAUGCCGCUGGGACGCUCUCAGUUGCUGGCGGUCGUCGCGCGCUUCAUGGCCCGCAUACGCAUAAUAAUAUCGCUCGGCCUUCCGAUUCCGCGGGCACGGAUGUCGAGAUGCGGGAUGCAGAUGAUCAGGCAGCAAAUCAAACUCUCGAUGAGACAGUAUCACUUGAACAGGUGACCGAGACGGAAGACAGCGCUAAAGGACCAACGACCGGCCAAUACCUCCGAGUCUUAUGUCGCUUUCUGUCCGGAUUCUUCUCAAACCAUGCCAUGUGCGCCGCGUAUAUUGAACUGGAUGGCGUUGAGUCUAUCUUGGACAUCUCAAGUCUUGCUUGUCUCGAUCCAAACGCAACUGAGAGCCGCAGCAUGGGCGAGGAGUUUGGCCGUGUUGUUCAAGUUCUUGUCGAGCAAAAGCCGCACAUCGCGGUGCCAUCCUUGCUCAAGCGGACACAGCAAGCCCUCGACCGUCUCGAGCCGUUGCUGAACCACACCGGCAACGAAGCCUUUUUCGCUUCCUUCACGAGCACUGGCGCUUCUCAAGAUAGUGAGACAUUGCAGCACGGAACAGAAUACGUCAAGUCACUAGUUUCUGCGCACACUCUCGUCGGGGCCAUGACCUACACAUUCCAGAGCCAAAUGUACAGUACACGGUCAGCACAUAACGUCUCUAGCCAGGUAAACCUUGCCGACAUGUACGCACACCUUGUUGACAGCCUCGGCAAGCUCCAUCGAAGCUGUGUCUGGGAAGAGAUCCUUCUACAGAGGAACAUGCCUAUGGAGUGGGAGAAGAAAACCAGAGUCAUUAGCUCUGGUUUUGGGAACGAUGAAGCGGAUCAGGUUUUCCGCAUUGGGAACAGCGACCGACCAUCCGAUACGGCUGAAGGUUCUACGAGUGUGGAUACAGCAGCAGCUCAAGGCACGGCUCCUGCCCCGAGCCAAGAUAGCGCACAGUUUAAGAAUACGCAAACUCUGAGAAACUUGCUGAGCAAGAUACCCACUGAGAUUGCCCCUUUUUUCCAGUCACUCGGCAAGCUCCUACUGUAUCGCCGCAGUCUUGAGGCAUAUCAAAGGCAGUGUGCUACGGUCGUUGCAGACCAACUAGCUCAAGCAGUUGUCGACCAGCUUCAAUUCAAGGGACCUAAAGAAUCAGAGUCAGCCGAAGAUCGCUACGCAUACUGGAUCGUCAUCCUCACGUCUCUCUCUCACCUUAUGAUCGAUCCAAACCUUGACCGACCCCAGGCUUUGACUCUGUUGCUUGUGUCCUUUAGAAAUCUGGGUGGAUUCGAGGUGCUUGCAAAUAUCCUCGGAAAUUUCUAUGACCGUGCGCUCGAAAUUACCCAAAAGAAGCCUGAAGAUACCAACGAAGAGUCACAGCGGCUUUUAAACCUGUCGCUUGGGGGCAUCAAGAUCAUUUUGGCUUUCUAUGCUCAGAUCAUCAGCUUCAAAGUUAUUGGCGAAGCGCAGCAAACCUCGUCUAUGCAAACGCGACCAGAUCGUGAUAGAGAGCGUUCUGACUAUUUCUCCACCGCGCAGUUCCUAGUUGAGCUCCGCUACGCAGUUAUCAAACCCAUAACGACAAUCUGGAACUCUGACUUACUCGACAAAGCAACUACUUCGAUCGUGAAGACUUCUAUCAACAUCCUCAAGUCUGUGCUCGAAUGUGAAGGUGAGAAUGGAGCUUACAAGAGCAUCGACAAGAUCCCGAAGCGCAGCAAACCCAUCAUCAAACCCUGGACACCGCGAAAUGGGGAUCAUAUGCAGCGCUUGAGAGAGGCCGGGUAUGCUGAGAGCCUUGCCGAGGAAGCGUUAUAUCGAUGUUGCGACAAUUUCAACAUUGCACGUGAGUACUGUCAAAAUCAAGCUCGCCCACAUGCAUCUAGAAAUCCGAUACCACAGUAUGAGAUCGAAGCACGCGGCCCGCCAUCUGCGUCACCGAGCCGGGCAGAAGUGGUUGUGCCCGAGCCUGCCGAUAGUGCCAGUAUUGCAUCUAGUGACGUGAAUCGGGGCGAGGAGGGGGCUGAGGCACCAGAUACCCGCUCAGUAGAGAUGGAGGACGCGGGUGUAGCGGAACAGGUUGAGGAACCUGCAGCAGAUACUCCCAUACCCGACGCGGAGCUCCCUCAACCCACUCAAUCCUGUUCCACGCUACAUGAAGCUCUAGCUUACCAGAAGCGGAUGGGCGCUGGAAACUCAACAGAACUCGUUGCUUUGGAUGAGCUGGACCAAGUACGGUCUACCCUUCGCCAUAAUCUCGUCGAUCGCUCCCUCGACAUACUUAACUCCCAUGAAGAUGUCACCUUUGAGCUGGCAGAUUUGGUCUCCGCGGCAGUUUCGAAAGCUCCUGAGCCAGGCCCGAUGCGAACCGAGAUUGGCGCAACUCUUGUCCAGUCUCUUAUCUCGUUACAGAGCGAAGACGACUUCCGUUCGCAAAGCAAGAAGAUUGCGGCUUCCGCGCACCUUCUAGCUCUGGUGAUUCAAGAAAAGGAUUUCUACGAUGUCAUCGUGGAAGAGCUGAAAGACAACUUUGUCACGUUGUUGGGCUUUAUCAAGAUCUUCCCAGAUCAGUCCCUCGAGGACUCAUCGCCAUGGAUCGGACAGGUCCUACUCAUCAUUGAGCGAUUACUCGCCGAAGAUCAACUCCCACACCAGAUUCAAUGGACGCCACCUACAGAAGACUCACAAGAAGAAACCUCUAUCGACCAGCUACCAGAACCUAUUGUGAGCAUGGAUGAGAGAAAUCAGCUCUUUGAUGCUAUCAUUGAAAUGCUGCCACGCAUUAGCAAAGACGAAUCGUUGGCCCUCUCGGUAACUCGCGUCUUGGUCAUGCUCACCCGCACGCGCAAGAUUGCUAUACGCCUCGCAGAGAAGCGCAACGUACAGCGCUUAUUCUUAAUGGUUAAGCAGCUUGCUGGGAUUACCAACGAGGGUCUGCGGAGCGCCUUCAUGAUUGUUCUCCGCCAUAUGAUCGAAGAUGAUACAAUGAUACGACAGAUAAUGCGCACCGAGAUUCAGCAAAUGUUUGAGUCACGCGAUCGAAGGCAGACAGACACAACAGGUUAUACUCGUCAGAUGUAUUCGCUUGCUAUCCGUGCACCGGAGAUAUUUGUGGAAGUCACCAACGAGAAACUACAACUGGCUCGUUUCGACCCAAAUCAGCGACCUCAAACUCUGGUCCUCAAGAAGAGUGAGCUCUCGACAACAGAGUUAGCGGAUGCCGCUGGACCUGCGAAUGUCCCCGCAGAAGAAGAUCUGCCGAAAGAAUCCAGUGAAGCACCGAAGCAGCCUUUCCUCGAGCGAACCAAAACCACGGAUCUGAAGAUACCGGUUAUUGAGAACCCUGAUGGAGUCAUCCACUACCUUCUCUGUGAGCUGCUGGCUUAUAAGGAGAUCGACGACAAGACAGAGCCUCCCAAGCCUACGGAGACUGUACAAGAAGCGCAAGAAGGUUCCCAGACCGCCCCCGAAUCGACUCCUGCAUCCACUAGUGAACCUGCAGAGCCCAGCAAGGUGGAAAAGCCUGUGUUCAAGGCCGAUGCGCACCCAAUUUACAUUUAUCGCUGCUUCAUCCUCAAAUGCCUCGCUGAACUCCUGCAAAGCUACAACCGCACGAAGAUCGAAUUCAUCAACUUCUCGAGGAAGGCAGAUCCGUAUACUGUGACACCUUCGAAACCUCGCUCUGGUGUGUUGAACUACCUGCUCAACAACUUGGUCCCGAUUGGCAGCUUGAACCACGAAGGCGAUCUUGUAUUCAAGAAGAAGCUUGCAACAUCGAACUGUGCAAUCGACGUCAUAGUCUCCUUGUGCAACAAGACGGGGGAACACACUGUAUCAAAAACUGAUGUAACCCAGCUGUCACCCUAUGCCGAGAAUGAGUCGGAUUUACUUUUCGUGCGCAAAUUUGUCCUAGAACAUGCGCUGAAGGCUUUCAAAGACGCCAAUGUAUCAGAUGAGCCUCUCGAGAUGAAGUACUCGCGACUCUUGAAUAUCGCCGAUAUCUUCUCCCGGAUGGUGUCACAGCGUCCCAAUGGGGAGAUGCUAACACAGAACGCGGAUUUGACACCGAAUCUUAAGCAGAUGGCGAAGAUUAUGUACGAGAAGAACUUCAUCACAAUCUUGACGACAGCCAUUUCAGAUAUCGACCUCAACUUCCCCAACGCUAAGCGCGUCGUCAAGUACAUAUUGAAACCGCUGAAGUGGCUGUGUUACGUGGCGAUGGACCUGAGCAUGCACUACGACACUUCAUCUACACCGGACUCCGCCGAAGACUACGAAAUUUCCACAGCAUCUGAUGAUGACCUCGUGGAUAACACACGUGAAGAGACUCCGGAUCUAUUCCGCAAUUCAACUUUGGGCAUGUUCGAGCCUCCACAUGAGUCGGAAUCAGAAGAUGAUACAGAGGAUGAGGAUGGUGAAGAAGUGAUGUACGACGACCCGUAUGCGGACGACAUGGAGUAUGACGAGGCCGACAUUGGUGACGACGACGUCAUCUCCGAUGAAGAUGAGGAGAUCCUAGAGAUGGACAUCGAUGGCAUGGGCCCAAUCGAAGGCCUUCCUGAGGAUGUUGAUGUCGAGAUCGAGCUAGAUGACGAUGGAGAAGGCAUGGGCUCUGAUGAUGAAUCCGAAGAUGAGGACGACGAGGAUGAAGACGAGGACGAGGAAGAUGAUGAUGAUAUGGAUGACGACGGUGAUGACGAUAUGGAUGGUGAGGAUGUCAUGCAUGCAUUGGAGCAGCUGGAAGAAGUCACUGGUGACGACGAAAACGCGAGCUUGGCCGACGAUCACGAGGAUGAUUGGAGUGAUGACCAAGGCGACUUCCCCGGCGGUGUCAACGGCGAAGGCAACAUGCCUCCUGGUGCUCUUGGCUUUGUCCUUGACCCUCCUCAGCAACUAUUGGACCAGAUCCGACAGGGCGGAGACCUUGAGGACUUUAUGGACGAUGACAUGGGUGAAGAGGAUGAAGAUGACGAAGAAGAAGAGCUCGAUGAAGACAUUCAAUACGAUCCCGGCAUGGAAGACGAGGACGAGGAUAUACCUGUCCUAGGUUGGGGUGGUGGCUGGGAGUGGGAGGACCCGGCGCCUCCCGCUGUGCGUCACACUCACCGCCUUAGCCCGUGGAUGUUUCCUGCCGGUCCAGGUGACCGCAUCCUCGUUCCCACCUUCCGAGCGCAUCGCCCAGGUGCUGGACCACGAGUCACAGACGACGGAAUUAACCCUCUACUUCACCGAGGCGGUCGCUCCUCUGGUCGAGAAGGUCCUGUCAGGAAUGAGGGCAUGAGUGACUGGGUUCAUGCUAUCCAAGGACAUGGUGCACGGAUAUCAAAUAACGACAGCCCUGUCUCUUUUAUCAGCAACUUGUUGAACGCAAUGGGGUCAAGUAAUGGUCCGACCAUACACCAGCACGGAGGCGCUUUGCAUCUCUCUUUUAACAACAUGCCCAUGGGCAUCCCUCCUCCAUUUGACUCUGGAUUCCGCCGUGAGAUCGCCCGCGUUCGCGAGUCUCACAUGUCUCGAUCUGCUAGGGAAGAUCCCCACUCAGCCGUCACCUUCGUGAAGGCUUAUACCAGCCAGCGCUGGCAGGAAGAGGCUAGGAUACUAUAUGGCCCCAACGCGAUUGAAAAGAGCCAGCGCGUCAUCAACUCAAUUCUGAAGGUCAUGGUACCUCCAGCGAUGGAGGCAGCUAAGAAGCGACAAGAAGAGCGAGAAGCUGAAGUUGCUCGCAAGCUCAAGGAAGAACAAGAAAAGAAAGAACAGAAGGAGCGUGAAGAAAAGGAGGCUAAAGAAAAGGAAGAGCGUGAGCGACAAGAACGCGAGGCUACCAGCCGAGCUGGUGAGCAAAACACGGAGGCCGAAACGACAGAAGAGCCGGCUACUGCUUCUGAGGGACAAGCAAUGGAAGGUGUUGAAGCAAGUCAGCAGUCUUCGUCUGAGACUCCUGUCGAGCCUCUCGCUCCACAACCGCCCGUACCUCGAGUCAUGACUACGAUCAGGGGCCGUGAAUAUGACAUCACGGACUUGGGUAUUGAUACUGAGUAUCUCGACGCUCUACCAGAAGAGCUUCGUGAGGAGGUUCUCAUGCAACAGGUUUCCGAGCGACGACAAGCGCAACGGCAACUACAAGCACGACAGCAACAGUCUCAGGCACAGACGCAACCACAGGUAGCGCAAGCCGCUGGCCAACCUGGAGAUCAACCAACGGACAUAAAUGAGGAGUUUUUAGCAGCAUUGCCAGAUGAGAUUCGCGAAGAGUUGCUUGCGCAAGAAGCACAGGAGCGCCGGCGCCGCGAGCGUGAAGAGAACCGCCGUCGCAACCAAGGCGGCGCUGCUCCACAGGCAGAAGACAUGGACGCUGUGAAUUUCCUUGCAUCUCUAGACCCUAACCUGCGAGCUGCAGUGCUCAUGGACACUGAUGAGGAUACACUGCGACAACUUCCACCCGAGAUAUCCGCAGAGGCUAGAGCAUAUGGUGGCGAUCGCCGACUGAACCAGUUCAACGAGUACGGUUAUCGACGUGGAGAUCGUCGCGGCCAAGCGGAGGAUCCGUCACAGAAGAAGAAGGCUCGUCCUUGCGUACAGAUGCUUGACAAGGCGGGUGUAGCAACACUACUGAGGCUUAUGUUCAUUCCUCAGCAAGGCAGCGCCAAAUCAAGCCUUAGUUCGAUUCUCCGGUACGUCUGCGAAAAUCGGCAGAACCGCGCCGAGGUCAUUAGCAUUCUCCUUUCGAUUCUACAAGACGGCAGCGCCGAUGUCAACGCAGUUGAGCGAAGUUUCGCCCAGCUGUCAAUUCGAGCCAAACAGCCACAACAACCUGUAGAUAAGACCCCGAAGGUGUCACGGAAGAACGGUGCACUUUCUAUCAACCCCGACGUGUCACCUCUCAUGGUUGUUCAGCAGUGCCUGAACACGCUCACUCAGCUGACCGAGAAGAACCCUGCCGUAUGGUCGUUCUUCCUGACAGAGCAUGAGACCGGCGUUGGCUUCAAGCACCGCGCCAGCCGCAAGGGUAAAGCCAAGGAGAGCAAAGCAACUAGGUAUCCCGUCAAUGCGCUAUUGACUCUACUAGACCGAAAGCUCAUUGUCGAGAGCUCGUCUAUUAUGGAGCAGUUGACUACGCUCCUUCGAGUCAUCACGGCACCGUUGCAGGUUCUAAAGAAGGAGAAAGAGAUGGCAGCGGAAGAGGCAAAGCAAGAGAGUGAAACUAAUACAGAAGGUCAGAACGUUGAAAGCCACGCUGCAACCACGCAUGUCGAUACUCCAGGACUAGGCCAGGAUACGGAGAUGGCAACUGUGCCAGCAGUACCAGAGACGGCCCCAACGGAGGGCGAAGGCAGUUCGGCCAAGCCUGAAGAUCCCAAAUCUGAGGAUGACAAGAACAAGAAGCAUAAAUCUCUUACACCCCCGGAUGUCCCCGAGGCCAACCUUUGUCUCGUCGCUAAGAUUCUAGCCGCUCGCGAAUGCAAUAGCAAGGUUUUCCAAGAGACCCUUUCGGUCAUUAGCAACCUGUCACCCAUACCAGGAGCGAAAGAAGUCUUUGGUCAAGAAUUGCUUGGCAUUGCGAAAGAGCUGGCAAGAUCAACUCUCCAGGAUAUUGCUAGCCUGACCGUUCAAGUGUCAAAUGCAGAGUCGCCUACCGAUGUUCAAAGCAUCGCGCUUGCCAAGUUCUCACCCGCAAGCUCUGACCAAACCAAACUGCUGAGGGCUCUAACUGCGCUUGACUACCUCUUCGACCCUUCGCGGGAUAUCAAAGACAAGCCGGAAGCUGCUGCGGAAGCGCUCGAGCCUGCCCAGAAGGAAGAUAUUCUUCUCACACUCUAUGAGGACACCGCUUUCGCGCCACUCUGGAGCAAGCUCAGCGAAUGCCUCACCGCCAUUCGUCAACAGGGCAACAUGCUCAACAUUGCCACGACCUUGCUUCCACUUAUCGAGUCUCUCAUGGUCGUGUGCAAGAACACCACUCUGAAGGAAUUGCCUUUAUCCAAGAUGCUUCCGAAGGAGUUCGCCCUCUCGAGCCCUCCACCUGAGAGUAAAAUGGAGAACCUGUUUUUCAACUUCACUGAAGACCACCGGAAGAUCUUGAACGACCUUGUUCGCCAGAAUCCCAAACUCAUGAGCGGUACUUUCUCUCUAUUGGUGAAGAACUCGAAGGUUCUUGAGUUUGACAACAAGCGCAACUACUUCAAUCGCAAACUUCACUCACGUAAUGGCGACCGCCAAGCACAUCCACCGCUUCAGCUGUCCGUUCGCCGAGACCAAGUAUUUUUGGAUUCCUUCAAAUCACUGUACUUCAAGUCUGCCGAUGAAAUGAAAUAUGGCAAGCUGAGCAUUCGCUUUCAUGGCGAAGAAGGUGUGGACGCUGGUGGUGUUACUCGCGAGUGGUUCCAGUCCAUCUCUCGUCAAAUGUUCAAUGCGGACUACGCCCUAUUCGUCCCUGUCGCUUCUGAUCGUACUACCUUCCACCCCAAUCGAUUGAGCUCUAUCAAUCCUGAGCAUCUCAUGUUCUACAAAUUCAUUGGACGAAUCAUCGGCAAGGCACUCUACGAAGGCCGCGUUCUUGAUUGCCACUUCAGCCGAGCAGUGUACAAGCAGAUUAUGGGCAAGCAGGUGAACCUAAAGGACAUGGAGACACUCGACCUCGAGUAUUACAAAUCCCUCGAAUGGAUGCUCAAUAACGACAUCACUGAUAUUAUUACGGAGACCUUCUCAGUUGAAGUCGAAGCGUUCGGUGAGAUGCAAGUCGUGGACCUCCUGGAGAACGGCCAAAAUAUCCCUGUCACGGAGGACAAUAAGCACGAGUACAUCCGCCUUAUAACUGAGCACCGCCUCACCGGCGCCGUCCAAGAACAGCUCGAGCACUUCCUGAAGGGUUUCCACGAUAUUGUUCCAGCAGAGCUCGUCUCCAUCUUCUCCGAGCAAGAACUCGAGUUACUUAUCUCCGGACUUCCUGACAUUAACGUUGAUGACUGGAAGAACAACACCGAGUACCACAACUACACCGCUGCAUCGCCGCAGAUUCAAUGGUUCUGGCGCGCGGUUCGGACAUUCGAGAAAGAAGAGCAGGCGAAACUUUUGCAGUUUGUCACGGGCACAAGCAAGGUGCCACUCAACGGCUUCAAGGAACUCGAAGGCAUGAACGGCUUCUCGAAAUUCAAUAUCCAUCGCGAUUAUGGCAGCAAAGAUCGUCUCCCUUCCAGUCAUACUUGCUUUAACCAGCUUGAUCUCCCCGAGUACGAGUCUUACGAAGACCUUCGUAAGGCGCUGUAUAUGGCCAUGACUGCUGGCGGCGAGUACUUCGGCUUCGCAUAA